UCAUGACAUUGACGUGAGAAUAAAUAUUUUGAAUCCGUUGUUUGGGUUGUAUUUUUAUGUUCGAUCAAACGAUUUAUGAAGUAUUUCUUCUCCGUUUACAUUUUGGAACAACUUCUUAAAUAUUGAAAAUGAGUGAGACUAGUACAAAAGUGCCAGGUUACAUGGCCCAAUUAUUGGAAGAACUUGGAUGGAAUCAAGGCACAAGGAUUCCCUUAGCUAAUCCAGACAACCAGAAUUUAGAAACACUUCUUAUAUCAAGACAAGAUGAAAUACAACGCCUAAAAGAAGCAUUAAUUUUACAAAAUCAAAAAAGAUCUGAUCUCAAUAAAUAUAAAGAACAUGUUCAUACUGAAUAUCAGGAAAAUACACGUUUACUGUUUGCCAAUAAGCAACAGUUAGAGCAGGAAGUGAAGCUGCGUCAGCUGUCUUGCAAUGAAGCAGAUCGCCUAGAUCGAGAUGUCAUUGAUUGUAACAAAGAGGCAUCAACUAUUAAUACAAGGAUUGAUAGAUUACAGACAAACAUUGCAAAGCUUCUCAAGAAGGCUGAUUCUUUGAAAAGUGAAGUGUGUGGGGAGCGUGGAGCUUUGCAAGAAUGGAGGGCCGCUUUAGAAAGAAGCGCUGGUGAUAUAUCGGCUAUUGAACAAUUCACUAAACAAGAUUUAUCUAAAGCUAAAAAUUUAGAAACAAAAAGGCAGAAAUUGAAGAUCGAACAUGAUUGUGUGCACGAGCGUUUGGUACAACUUGUGUCCAACCUUAGUGCAGAGGAAAGGGCAUGUGAAAGGAUUUCUGUUCAGGUUAUGGAAGGUAUGGAGCAACGAAAACAGAUGAUGUCAAUGUGGACGGGUGCAGUUGAAAAUUUACGGCAGCGGGAUACAGAUAUACGUCACAUCAGAGAGGAUUAUGCUGUAUUAGAUACAGAAGCGAACAACCUAGCGGAACAGUGUCGUGAUCAGCAAGCGUUCUGUGACCAGCAACAAGGCAAUAAUGCAGACGCACAGCGAGAGAAUAUGGGCCUCGCGCAACAGCUGAGUCAGAUACGGCUGGCGUAUCAGGAGACGUUUGAUGAUAAUGUCACUUUAGAUAGUGAGGUACAAAGUUUGCAACGCGUGUCCAGCAACAUGAUAAGUGGACUGGAAAAACUGCAUUCCGAAAAUAGACAACUAAUGGACGAACAACAUCGCAAGGAUGUCGCACUGCAGGCUGUUCACAGUAAAAUCAAAGAACUAAAAGAAAAACUUCUAGAGUCAACUGACAAAUCAAAAAGUUCAGAAAAACGGGCCAAGGAGCUGGAAGACAUGCUGAAUGAAGAAGAAAGAUAUGCAAGCCAACUAACAGUGAACCAACAACGUGCCAUGCACUGUUCAUUUGUUGAACAGCAGAAGUUAUUAGCUCUUAAAAAUGAAGAGAAGCUGUUUCAUAUGCAGCUGAAAGCGUCAAAGGCUAUAAUGAGCAAACUGGACAGCAAACAGCGUAGUGUUGAAAGAAGUUUACAAAGUCAAAAGGAAUCGCUUUAUGGUAUUUGUUACCAAGUUGAAACUAUUGGUGCUCAAGUAGCUCAUAUGGAAGGCGCUAAAGCCGAACGCGAAUGCUCAGCAGAGCUCGUUGAGAGAGAAAACAGACUUAAAGAGGUGCGUGCGCGUCACGCCGCUCGCGUGGCGACGUUGGAACGACAUUCCGGAAAAUUGUAUGAUGACAUGCGUCGACUUACAAGAGAUCUUGAAUUUAAAAGCGGAGAACAUUGCAAGCUGCAAAGUCGUCUCAAAACAUCCAUGUUGAACGUCGAGGGUGGGGAGAAAGAAUUACGCGCUCGCCGCGACACCUGGCGUCGCUUGCGUGUUGAAGAAGCGCUGAUGAGGCUACGGGUCGCACACGCUACUAGGGCCCUCGCUGGCUUGGAUGAUACUGCGUUCACGCUCGACAAGCAGAGGCUGCAGUUGGAUGCGGCAAUGAACGAGCGCCUUGUAGAGAUCGCAGCACGCCGAGAUAUGUUCAGCGUGCAGAAAAGAGCGCUGUUUGAAGAUAUUGGAAAGAUUCGCUCCGAAAUAAGAGAGAGGGAACAGCGGAUUGAGCAACUGAUCAAAAGAUAUGACAUAUUCAUAGCUUCGCUGGGGAAAGAUGAAUCUGGACAGCAACUGUCAGUGACAUUCUUUAAGAUAAAGUUCGCAGCGGAACGCGCGGAGCUGCGCGAGCGCGGCGCGGCGCUGGACGCGGACAUCGGGCGGCGCGAGCGCGACAUCUCCGCGCUGGAGGCGGCGCUGCGCGUGCUGCACGCGGCGCACACGCACUUCCUGCACCACGUGGCGCCGCUGCAGGACGACACUCCCGAAAUAGAAGAAUUGAACAAUCUCACAAAGGAAUACUAUGAAAAGCGUGAAGAGCUCAAACAGUUGAACAACAAAAUAGCGUCCCUCGAACAGAUUGUGUCAGACGCGAGUUCUCGUUUCACUAUGCUCAAUGAUAAGUGCAAACAGCUGUCUGCUAAAGAAGCGGACUACGAGAACGAUCUAGAGGGCGCUCGUGAACGUGUGCAGCGGCACAAGAGCCGGUUACAGAACGCACAGGACGUUGUGAGAGUUAACGCGAGACGCGCCAAGAAACUUGUGGAGGGCGAGGAGGAUUGGAGGAUCUUUCAGAUGUCGAUAUGGAGCCGCAACUACGGCGAGGCGGCCGCGAGCGCGGUGCAGGCGCUGGGCGAGCUGUGCGCCGCCUGCCCCGCCGCCGCGCCGCGCCUCGCCCACGCGCUCGCAGCGCCCGACCUGCGCCAGCAUCUCACCGCCAACCAGAGGCGGCUGCAGGCGCUGCUGCAGAGGAUUAUAUCGGAAGGAACGGGUUCUCGAGUAAGAGAAUCUAUACAAGAUCUAGACGAAACUGUCUUUUCAAGUUCAUCAGAAUCUAUCAGGAGUGGGGUUAGCAUCGCCAGCGGCUAUACUAAGAGAAUAUCAGCAUUUAGGAGGUCUCUUGCACCUAAGGUCCAGGAGUCUGCGUUGAUCGAAGAUAUUCCUGAGCAGGCUCGUCGUUCAACGGUGUCUUUGCGUGUGGUGACUCUGGGCUUGGAAGAAUCUUCGCCAGCGAUGCAUCCUAUAGCUAGUGCGCGAUCACGAAAAUCAUUUAGAUAAUUUUAUUGUCUUGUUGAUUUAUUAGUAUGUAUUACUUUUUAUUCAUUUUUUAAACAUUCGUUUGCAAUUUGGAGCCUUGUUGCUAUGCUUGUAUCUUCAUAAAUGUUUGGUUCGGUGGAACCAAAAAGUUUUUAAUUAUUUUUAUGCUAAUAAAAAUAUCCACAGUUCAAA